GGAGGCGGCGCUGCACCGUGCUGACAGGGAAUGGCCGUGUCUCUGCGCUCCGACGCCGGCUGACACAUUAACAGCUCUCCGCUCCAUCACUGCACUGCUCCGAGCUGCGCGUCUCGCAGGCUCAGGGACUAGACACGUAUUCCAUGCUACACUUCGGAAGCUUUGGUGGCCUCCCACUGUGAAACCCCUUCUGACGCCCACUUGGAGGUCUGGAGCAACCUUUGAAGGCCUCGGGUGUACAGUUGGUCACCAGCGAGCUGACAGAGAUGAAGACAUGUGCUAUGUUUCUGGCAGCUCUGCUGCUCCCCAGCAUCCAAGCAGUGUGUCCAGAUAAAGAACCAGGACUGCAGCCAUGGAUGCCAGGGCACAGUGAAGACCAUCGUGUUACAAUUGGUUAUGGCAGGAAGGUCCUUCUUACAUCUUCAGCUACGGUCAACUCCAUUGAGAUUCUCAAUGGAGGAAAGCUGGUGAUUGCUGACACCAACCGGGCCAUACUGCUUCGGACAAAAAGCAUUCUGAUUGGUAACAAAGGGGAGCUGCACAUUGGAAGCCCAGACUGUCCUUAUAAAGGCAACUUCACCAUCUCCCUCUUUGGAAGAUUGGAUGACAGUGAUACAGAACACAGCUAUUUUGGGAGGAAGUACAUUGGUGUGGGGACAGGAGGGACACUAGAGAUCCACGGACAAAAGAAACUGUCAUGGACAUUUCUCAACAAGACCCUCCAUCCUGGAGAGAGCAACCAAAACAACUACCUGUUCGAGAGAAGUUGGGGGAAUCGAGGCAUCAUCGUCCACAUUAUGGACCCCAAGACCGGACAGGUGCUGCAUAAUGACAGGUUUGACACAUAUCGUAGUAAGGAUGAGAGUCGCCGCCUUGCAAAGUAUGUGGAUGGUGUGGAGAUGGGAGUCAUACUGGCCAUGGUGGUCAAUGACGAGGGCUCCAACAACUUGGAGGACUCGGCCAAGAAGAGCCUCUCCAGGCUGGGCAGCCAACACAUCAACAGUCUGGGAUUUCGGCAUCCCUGGACCUUUAUAGUGAAGAAAGGUGACACUUCUUCUGCUGUGGAGGGUCAUGCUGUCUAUCAAGGAACCAAGUCCUCCUCAGAGGCCACAAGCUCUUGUGUUUUUCAGACGAGUUAUGAGGAGCAUUUUAGGAUCACAGCCAGCAGUCAGUGGGUGCAAGAGGCAGAGUGGACAGAAUGGUUUGACAGGGAUGAUGAGAGGGGAUCUGGAGACUGGGAGAAAGUGUCUGACCUGCGCACGACCUACCCAGACAAACUGUGUAGCAGUCCACUCAACAUCCAGGCUGAAACACAUGGUGGCAUACCAGCCAACCAGACUGGAGAUGUGAUUCACAAGAAUGACAAGGACUACGGCUUUGUCUGCCUCAACAAGGACCAGGCUCAUGGCCUUUGUCGCAACUACAGGGUCCGCUUCCUCUGUGGAAAACUGGUUCGUCCACAGGCCUCCAUCUCUAUCGACAUGUUGUCCAACAGCAGCAUCCUGGAGCUGGCCGACCAACCAGAUGGCUGGGGGUCUGGGGAUCAGAUAGUGGUGGCCAGUACCGACUAUUCCAUGCACCAGGCUGAAGAGUUCACCCUGUUGCCCUGCCCUACCUGCACUUCGAACCAGGUCAAAGUCCAAGGUAAGGCCCAGUUCAUCCAUAUGGGUGAGGAAGUGGAUGGGGUGGAUAUGAGAGCAGAGGUGGGCCUCCUAAAGCGUAACAUCCUGAUCCGUGGUGAGAUAGAGCCUGGCUGCUAUGGCAACGAGGCCUGCGCAUUCUUCGACUUCGACACUUUCGGCGGACAUUUAAAGGUGGAGCGGGGAUUCAGGGCAGUUCAUAUAUCUGGGGUGGAGCUGCAGCACAUGGGCCAGCAGACAAUGGGACAUUAUCCUAUCCAUUUCCAUAUGAAUGGAGAUGUGGACGAGAGGGGAGGCUACAACCCCCCAACUACUGUCAGCGAUCUAUCCAUCCACCACUCUUUCUCCCGCUGCGUAACUAUCCACAGCUCCAAUGGACUGCUGGUAAAGGAUGUGGUGGGCUAUGACACACUGGGUCACUGUUUCUUCACGGAGGAUGGUCCAGAAGAGAGGAACACAUUUGACCACUGUUUGGGUAUGAUGGUGCGAGCCGGGACCCUGCUGCCUUCAGACAGGGACAGCAAAAUGUGCCGUAACAUCACUGAAGGAGCCUACCCAGGAUAUGUUGCCAACCCACGACAAGACUGCAGUGCAACUUCAACUUUCUGGAUCGCCAACCCCAGUAACAACCUCAUCAACUGUGCUGCUGCAGGCUCAGAGGAAACAGGUUUCUGGUUCAUCUUCCACCAUGUGCCCACUGGUCCCUCAGAGGGGCUGUAUUCCCCUGGACGUACUGAGCACACACCUAUGGGCCAAUUCACCAACAACAGAGCCCAUUCCAACUACAGGGCAGGAAUGAUCCUUGAUAAUGGAGUAAAGACAACCCAGGCGAAUGACAAGGACAAGAGACCUUUCCUAUCUCUGAUCGGAGCCAGGUAUGGCCCCCACCAGGAUGCAGACCCCUUUAAACCCAGAGUCCCUGCUCUAAUUCACCAUUUUGUAGCCUAUAAGAACCAAGACCAUGGAGCCUGGCUGAGAGGAGGGGAUGUCUGGCUGGAUGACUGCCAAUUUGCUGAUAAUGGUAUUGGCCUCACUCUAGCGAGUGGAGGGACAUUCCCAGAUGAUGAUGGCUCUCAUCAGCAGGUGAAAAACUCACUGUUUGUGGGUGAAAGUGAAAAUCGUGGAAUGCCCCUCCUUGACAACAGGAUCUGGGGCCUCGGGGGUUCUGACCUUAUUGGAAGAACUCUGCCACGUGGCAUUGAUUUUCCUAUCCGGGGCAUGCAGAUCUAUGAUGGUCCCAUCAACAUGCAGAACUGUACAUUUCGGAAAUAUACAGCGCUGGAUGGACGGCACACCAGUGCCUUUGGCUUCAGGCUCAACAACUCGUGGCAGAGCUGCCCCAACAAUAACAUCACUGACAUCAUCUUUGACCAAGUACCUAUCACGUCUCGGGUGUUUUUUGGGGAGCCGGGUCCCUGGUUUAAUAAGAUGCAGAUGGACGGGGACAAGACAACCAUCUUUCACGAUAUCGACGGCUCAGUCAGCGAGUAUCCAGGAGCCUUCCUGGUUAAAGAGGACAACUGGCUGCUCCGGCACCCCGACUGCAUCGACGUGCCCAACUGGAAGGCAGCUAUCUGCAGCGGCCACUAUGCACAGAUCUACGUCCAGACGCGUAACCCUGCCAACCUAAACAUGCACAUAGUGAGGGAUGAGUACCCUGAUCGGCCCCUGACACUAGAGGGCGCACUGGGGAAGAAGAAACACUACCAGCAGUUCCAGCCAGUGAUCACACUAGCCAAAGGCUACACCAUCCACUGGGACCAGGCGGCGCCUGCUGAGGUCACCAUCUGGCUCAUCAACUUCAACAAAAAUGACUGGCUCAACGUGGGGGUCUGCUACCCACAAGGCACUAACUUCACCAUCAUCUCCGAUAUCCACAAUCGCCUUACCAAGCAGACCCACAAGACCGGCGUCUUCAUGAGGACAACGCAGAGGGAGAAGAUCAACCACUCGCACCUGGCCAGAGGAUACUACUACUGGGAGGAAGACACUGGUCUGCUUUUCCUGAAGGUAAAGGCCCAUAACAGCAGGGAACAGUUUGCCUUCUGCUCUGUCAAGGGCUGUGAGCGGGUGAAGAUCACAGCUGCAAUCCCUAAAGGCAGUCCUCCCAGCAACUGCAUGGCCCAGGCCUACCCAAAACAUGCUGAGCUGCCUGUUGUGGAUGUACCAAUGCCCAGAAAGCUACCCAAUACCAGGCUGCACUCAACAGACCACUUCCUGGAGGUGAAAUUGGAGUCCUACAACACUAGAUUCUUCCACAUCAAGGAAGACUUUGCCUUUACUGAGGUGAAUGGCAGGAAGUUGUACCAACCAGAAGAUGGGGUGCAGUUGACAGUAAUUGAUGGUCAUGACGGGCAGGUGGUUGACAGCAAAGUCUUCAGGAACUCCAUCUUACAGGGCAUCCCUGCACAGUUGGACAACUAUGUCAGUGGACUGAGAGACAGUUCCAUCAUCCUCAUUACAUCUAAGGGACGUCUGUUUACAAGAGGAUCCUGGACUAGAGUCCUGGAAAGACUUGGAGCAGACAAAGGCAUCAAAUUUAAAGAUAAGCUGGCAUUUGUGGGCUUCAAGGGCUCCUUCCACCCUGACUGGGUCCAUCUGGAGGUGGAUGCCAACCGAGCCAAGAUCCAUCAGGUCCUGCCUGUCCCUGUGUUCCACAAGAUGAAGUUAUGAGAAGCAGGCAGAGUGGGGAGGACAGCCAUCAGACUAUGUAGUCCCCUCCAAGCCUCACCCCCACACAUACACACACACACACACACACACACACACACACGCAUAAAACAUACUUCCAGCCCAACAGAGUUGGUUGCUCCAAGCUAUUGUCCAGGAUCAGUGGUGUUUUUUCUGUGUUUGGCAGUGACAAAGAAUGAUAUGAUUUGGUUUGUUGACCCUUGAAGACCCUCUCCCAGAGCCAGCACUGCCCACAAUGAACUAUAUCUAUGUAAGUCAUCAGUAGAGGACUGUAAGGUGACAGCACACCCUCUGGCGGCCAUACUGGAGGUCUUUGAGUUCUUCAGCAACAAUGGUCAGAACAAGCAAUGGUGUUUGCAGACAUUACCAUAGACAGACAUUGAUACAAUACCUUAAUAUACCUACUGACCUAGAGUCAAGAGAGGUGGGGCAGCAAUGUGAAGGGUUGUACGGAAGAACAGUCCCCCCAAACUUUACGAUGUCUGGGGCUACAUUCCAAUAUCUCUGUCGGUACCUCACAGCAAUGCUGUCACCGCAGGGCUCACAAUGUAGGCAAACUGCCCCAUCAGAAAUUGUCUGGCACUAUCAGCUGGUGACAGCUUACUGCAGCAGUUGUAGAGCUAUGGCAGCCUACUGUAGUUUCAACAGCCUGCAAUGAUAUAAAAGCAAAAGUGGGAAUGGAAGUGUCCCAAAUCUGACUGACAAAAAAAAAAUGUAUGUCUCUGUCACACUUUUGAAAAAAAUCAGAUCUGUGUCAUAUAAGAGCAAAAAAAGAAAAAAGUAUUUGGGCCACAUUUGCUUGUAAUGUGAUCGUAGUCUUAGUUUCAUGUUAAGAUUAACAGUGGCCUAUUUUCAAUUAAUUUGGUGGGCUUGAUAGUUGGCUGGCCAAGCCAAAAACUUGAACUGACUCAAGUCCAUCCUUUUUGUACAUAGUCUGUCCUCUAACACAGUUUUCUAUCCAGACUCUGACAUCUGCAGAAAAUAUGCCGAUACCCUUUGGUGUAACUGUUGGAUGACACUGUUAGAAAGAGCAGUUUGAUGAUGUCAAGGUCGAGCUAUUCUUGGAAUGAACUAGUUCAUAUGAUGUGUCAUAAUUCAUGUCUAAAGGCAAAAUAAUCACUCACAGUUACAGACAGGGUGAAGGCCCUGCAGUUAUUGUGAAGGGCAAGAUGUAUUAAUUGUUAAUUGGGCACACAAACCAAUGAAAAGAGACUGACCAAAAGGGUCAGUCUCUUUUCAAAGGCAUCCAUGAUCUUGAACUUAUUUGUACACUAAAACCCCACUGUUUUAAGAAUGACAAAAAGAAAGGCAUUCCAUUUCAGUGUGAUUUUGAAUGGUGGAUCCUCUUGGACACUGGUGCAAACUUGGUAUCACUUCCCCAGUUAUGAGUAUCAGGCCCAGAGUGGGACUAAUUUUCAGCCCUGGAGUUUUAUACCUCAGACCAGCCCACUUUAGAUCACAACCUAUUAUAACCUUACAUGUUAAGUCUACAAUAGCACACUGUUCUCUAAAGCCUUGUAAUUCAGUGUAUUUUUCUAAAAUAUUUCCAAUUCAGUGCAAAUAAGGGUUGCUUCACAAUGUAUAUUUAUUUCAACAUGAGUGCACAUAUCCAAAAUUUUUCUUUACAACACAACAUCCUUUUCAACAAUAUCAGAAUCUAUAUUCUGUUCAAAUAAGUGUUCACAGAUAUCCAAACCUUAAAAAUGAAAUUAAAGAAUAAAUACAAAUAAUAAAUAUUAAAUUUGAAAAAAUAAAAAAUAGAAUAAAAAGUAAACAGACAUGUCCUGUGAUUUUCAGAGCUGCCAGUGGAGGCGGCCCAUGGACAGUGGUAGCAGCAUACAUGAUACCCAGUGCCAUGACUGAACACCGGCCCAAUAAAAAAAAUAACUGAACACCGGCCCUCGCGGCCCAAACAUCAGACUGGCCCACCGGGAAUUGUCCCAGUCCUCCUGAUUAGCCACUCCAGAUUGGUCAAUCUGGGUAGAUAGGUCAGUCUACCUAGGUGCUCACAGCUGGCAAAGUUUAAUGUUGCCUCUGGUUGUCCCGUGACCUGGCACAGCGAGGGGGGGGGCUUUCAUCAUGGAGAGCAUCAUGGUGCAAUAAUUGUUCAAUGGAAAUAAUGGUGCACACUUGAAUAAUGAAAAAAGAGAGCUUGAGAGGUUUUUUUUCCAAAUAUAGGAUGACAUGCGCAAGUUAGGAUUUAGUUGCUCAAUGAGAGACUAUGAUUGUUGUGAGGGGUGGGAGUGUGGGAGUCAAGGAGCUAAUUAAGCAUGAUGCCUCUUACCCAAAAACAUCCUCAAGCUCUUCCUGGGAACUCAAAAUCUUUUUUCCAGGCCAGAUGGGAUUUAAAAACCCUCCAGCAUGUUUUAGGGCUGUCCUGGGUUCCUUGUCUUUGUUGUGGCCUAAGCUAGUUCAACUGACUCCUUUCAAGAAACCCCUAUGAACAGACAGAGCAACUUCACCUGGAAUAGUAAAGGCUGACGAUCCUUGUCUGAUGAAGGGCAGGUGCCUGAAACAUUAAAGUGAUUUGAAGGUGCAGUUCCUGCUGUGCGGACUUCAUGUUCAUUUUUGCAAAUUGGUAAUCCAACCAACAGGAAAGUCUGUCAGAUAUCUAUGCAGAGGCACACAGAACGGGAGUUAUACAAUAUAUUACACAAACUGCCCAAUGACAAUGACUUGCACAAAUUUUGUAAUAGCAAAAAUGUGAUGCCAACCAUAUUAAGUUAUGAUUAACAAAUCAGCAAAAUAUUUGGUACCAGUGCUUUUCAGCUGGAUAAUUCUUAACUAUACAUGCUUGGCAACUAAAGAGUGAUUAGGUACAAAACUAUUUUGUUAACAAAAAGGGAAGAUUGUGCUCAUGGUCAUGCAUGGGUUACUACAAAACAGGCAUAUCAGUCAGAGGCCCAGGGUCACAAGGGGCUAGGGGUCACAAAACAGCUACAAAAAGAUGCAAAAUGGCUACUAAUGACCUCUUUGAAAGCACAUGGGAAACGUUUGCAAAUGUUUGGUUCACCUGCAAAAUGCUGGAGACACAAAAUAACUACAAAUUAUGCAGCCGUUUUGUAGUUGGUUUGUUUUUUCUUUUUUCCUUCAGUCCUGGUGUGUUUCUCCCAUGUUGGAGGGAUGGAAGGCCUUUUAUAUGUCUGUGCCCAUUGGAACAGCAGUCUCAUAUUCUGUAAUUGCUGUCAUUGAGCAAUCUGUUUUUAAGCACGAAAGUUAGGUUACAAAGUAGGUUGACUGCAAUUCCAAGCAAUUUCAGUCCAGUUUGUUUUUGACCAAAGAUUAAUUGACAGCUAUCACACCAGUUGUUUUUUGUUUUUUUCACACCACUUUCUACAUUGGCAUGAACCAUUGGAAAGAAACAUAAAUACUAUCACAAAGAGUUUUGUAUGAUUACGGUUCGUAGGAGACUGGGUUUGCCACUUUUCUUUCUCACAAUAACCUACAUUAAGAAAGAAACCUGAUAUAUUUGAUUUUUCACUUUUAUGUUGAUCAUUUCCAAGGAUCUCUAUUUUUAGUUUGGUUGUUUGAUGUUUAUAUAACUACUUAGCCGACUGACUGUUCACUAAGUCCCGCUCCUUUGUGAUGGUCCAUCAAACUGUUGGAGCUAGCAUGGAGCCCACACUAUAACUAUCUGCACUACCUGAAGAAAUGUUACCACGUUUUUGGAGAAUUGAAAAAGCAAUUUCAAAGAGACAAUAUUUGUUUGAUGGAUAUAUCCAGGAUGUUAAACUGACUCAGCAGCAAAAACAGGUUAAACAGAUAAAGAUGGUUGGAAGCUAAAGUCCAACUAAAGGCUACAGAUCACAGUGUAAAACUUAACAACCACAUCACUGUCAAUCAAGACAGAAGACAAUAAAUGUAAAGUGAAAAUUUGCCAAUACUGAACCAGCUGUAUGGCAUCAUAGUAUGUGCAGAUGAACAGUGUUUGGCUUCCCCUUCCAACUGUGCCACCGCCAUCACCCGGACCUCUGCCGCAGGACAGGCAGGUGCCCUGGAGGAGCCAGAUACAGUUCAUCUGUGUAAAGGGUCAGGAGUUAGCAAAGGGUCAGUUCUCAAGAAUCAUGCAAACACAUGGACUAUCAUGCAAAUGCAACGCCUAUACAUGAAUAGAGGGAGAAAAUACUAAGAAAGUGUGAGCUGAUCGAGUGGAUCGUGCGAGUUAGCUAAUCAUAUUUUAUGUACAUACAUCAUCAAGCAUCUUUCCCAUGCAGAUCUUCAUAGUAUGUGAUAGAUGUAGAAGUUUAAUGGUUUCUUUGCUUGGUUAUAAACCUGCUUUUUUUAACUGAACUGUUAAAAAAGAGAAAAGUGUAGGAGAAAAACGAAACAAAACAAAACAAAAAUAUUCCUUGUUUCACACUCAGACCAGUGGUUUGUAACUUGCUCUGUUUCAUUCCGAGCACUCGAUGACUGGAUAUUGUGAUGUUUUCCUCCAUGUUUUUUUUUUGUUUGUUUUUGUUUUUGUUUUUUUCAUAUCAGUGUUUGUGAUCCAUCCAUCAGUGUUCUUGGAGUAAACCAGCAUGAUGACCAUAACAACAUAAAAGAUUAAAUUAAAUUGUCCAUUGAAUGUUAAAUCAGGGAAUUUUUAAAUGUGCAAUUUCCCCAUUAAAGUAAAUUAAUCUUUGUUUCAAUCUGGUGAGAAAAAGGAGCCCCCCACCCGCCACCACCACCACCCCAACCCCCCACCCCCUUGCCGAAAUAGCUGGUCUUUUUUCGGAGGUUGUAGCAGUAAUUUAGUGUUUUGUAUGUUUAAUGUGUUUUUAAAAAUCCACAAAUGGCUAAGAGAUAUAUUUUAUACUUAUUUAUUGUACAGACACAGUUGAUCCAAAUCUACAAGGGCCAUCUUUUAAGCUGUAAUGUUACUGCUGUCCUGUAUGUAUAUUGUAUGUAAGAAACUAUUAUAACUCCAUUUAAAAAGAUUUGUAUCAGACACUCAUACUGCAUACAUGUAUAUGACUCAGAGUAUAGUUGGCUUGUUUUAACUGUACACCAAAUGGAUGUGUUGUAUAUGUGGCUUGGGCUUGUAAAGUAAUUAAGCUCCAUGACUCUGAAUUUCUUUAAGGACUUUUGUACAGAAAUAAAUGAUGA